UACAGCAUCGGACGUCGUACACGAUUCCGACUUUCCGGCCGCUUGAUCAUUCAAGCGCGUUCUUUAAACCGGCUACUUCUCGAUCGCGAAAGAAGUCACUCGAUUGUUGAGAUUGACGCUGAUUGUUCUUAAUCUAGCAGAGUGUUGAUGUCAGCGAUACACCAGAAAAGAAACAAAGCUGCAGGCCGAGAUGCAGUUCUUUUUCCAUAGGAAUCACAGCUAGCUAAUAGUCAAAAACACCUGGGGCUUUUCUCAUAAAUCGGACAAUGGCAAGAGAGAGAGCACCCACGAUAAUUUUGAUUGUGAUCCUGGCUGUUGCAUGCCUUCGUUCUAUCGUUGGAGCCCACGUGGAGGCUGCGUCCUUGAACGAGACCGUGCGUUACGAUGACGACACUGUUAAGGAGAACGUGGUGCCACUCUCUCACGAAUCUGAAAACAAAAGCGAUGAAUUCUCGUACGAUCAUCCUCACAAAAUGUCCGGGAAACCGACCAAGUUUGACAUAGAGUUUCAUACGGAUGACAAAAUGGAUUAUCAGAUUGAACCGUCGAGAAUGGCUAAUGUUACAGCUAAUCCAAUCGAAAUCAAUUCAACGACCAGUCAAUCUCUAUCGAAUUCCACGAAAUGCAAAGGGAAACACAUGGUCUCCUGUAUUCGAAAAGACUUUUGGGAUUUUCUCGAUCAAUUGUCAAAAGUUGACACGUACAACGUAACGGAAUCCGUGCAAAUAAUAAGAAAUCCUGAAGCAAAUGGCACGUAUCACCAUCAGAGGAGUAACAACAAUUCGGAUUCGAAUCUUCUGGAUAAGGUUCAUCAAUACGCGAGGACGCACGUCAUGAAGAUACGACUGAACAAGGAUAUGGGCAUUGCCAGGACAGCCAGAACGUUCUUCGGUUCGUUCGGUCUGAAGAAGCUACUGCUACCCCUGUUCUUCGGCGUACAGAUAAUUAAAAGCGUGUUGCUCGCUCUCUUCCUACCAAGUCUUAUCGGCAGUAUUGGUAAUAUUGUUGGAAAAGGCAUUUCCUCCUUUGCGCAAUCCUCGCAUACAGCGCCUAUACCACCCGGAGAGGAAAAUUUCGAGUUUAAGGAUAACACCGACCUGUACAACGACGACUAUCUGACCCGACAACCCGUAGGAACAUUACCAGCAUCCGCCAUGUACGACGAGAGCAUGAUGCAAACGCAGAAAACUCCGGAUAUCGCCUCUCGCUAUGCAUUCGUCGACACGAAAAUAUCUCACGCAAAUGCGCUUUCGGAUCGUUACUACACCCGACAUGUGGCUUCACAUGGACUUUCUAAAAAGCAGGACUUUAAGGUCUUCCACGAGAUUCCGACGAGCUCCCUGCUCCUGACGAACUACGAUCCGUUCUACUCACCUCUGCUGUCACGCCUUGAUGCCGUGUUCUCCCGUCUCGGCCACAACACGGAAGGUUGCAGAGAGUACGCGGUGUGUGCGAUGUACCGGAGUCCCGCGCGUUACGCGCCGUUUUCGAAUCUGGUCUCCGCCCAGCUGUCCAGGGAGUUGAACGAGUUGCGAAAACCCAGCAGCGACAAUCCCGACGUUCUGCGCUUCUUCAGGUACAUGAAGGCCGCCAAAGACGGCCAGGAUGGCGUCAAGUGCGAGGAGAUCUACGCCGGUUGCGCGUACGGUCGUGAGGAUCAGACUCCGAAGCAAAAUCAAGCGAUGCUGGCGACGUAUCAGGACAUCAAUAAGCUCGUCCAAGCCAGAAAGCUCUAAGAGAACAUAUAUGUGCGUCUGUUAGUGUUGCUAUCAAUUGGGAAUGCGAUAAAGGAAAGAAAAGAUGCGGCUCCGAACUUGGAGUAAUUUGGAGAACAGACGCCUAUAUAAUUUUGAUCAAAUUUCACUAGUACAGUUGCUAAAAAAAAUUAGCGUCUGCUGCUUUAGCAUUUACUCUUAAUCCGUAAAUAUGUAGAUUUUGUACGUAUGUACAGUUGGUAAAUAUUCUUUUUCUUCGUGGCGGAUUAUCAGACAUAGACAAAGCGCUCACCUGAAGCCUCAAGACGCAAAGAUACGAUUUUCAUUCCAAAGAAAUUUUACUAUGUUUUAAUUUUAAUUAACUAAUAAUUUA